AUGUGGACCUGGUACAAAAUAUUAAUUUUCUCUUACCUCACAACAGAAAUUUGGAUGGAAAAGCAGUUUGUCUCCCAGAGAGGUAUGACCCUACAAGCUUAUUCAACUUGGAACUACACCAAUUUGGAAAGGACGAGAUUUAAAAGAGCCCUUUACAAGGGACAUUACUGUAGGAUUCGUGGUUGUUGUGAAGACAGGAAUGAUGACUGCGUAACUCAUUUCUAUGAGGCAAAUGCCAUGUGUUAUUGUGAUAAAUUCUGUGAAAGGGAAAAUUCUGAUUGCUGUCCUGAUUACAAGCCCUUUUGCCAAGGAGACAAUCUGAUUCAAAAAGGUAGGCACUGGGAAAGCAACACAUAAAGAAGGCCUUUCCCUCCAGAGGGUUGCCUCAGAGAUGGUCAACAUUAUGAGGAAGGAUCCAUAAUUAAAGAAAACUGCAAUAACUGCACAUGCUCAGACCAGCAGUGGCGAUGCUCCCAGCAUGUAUGCCUUGUUCGUCCAGAAUUAAUUGAAAACAUCAAUACUAGAGAUUAUGGAUGGACGGCUCAUAAUUACAGUCAAUUCUGGGGAAUGACUCUAGAAGAAGGCUACAAAUUUCGCCUUGGCACCUUGCCUCCUUCUCCAACACUUCUGAGCAUGAAUGAAAUGACAGUCACUUUGCCUUCAGAGAUUGAUCUUCCAGAGUUUUUUAUGUCCUCCUACAAGUGGCCUGGAUGGACUCAUGACCCAUUGGAUCAAAAAAACUGUGCUGCAUCCUGGGCGUUUUCCACUGCAAGUGUGGCUGCUGAUCGAAUAGCAAUUCAGUCCAAUGGUCGUUACACAGAUAAUCUAUCUCCUCAGAAUUUGAUCUCUUGCUGUGUCAAAAAUCGUCAUGGAUGCAAAGGAGGGAACAUUGACAAAGCUUGGUGGUACCUGAGAAAACGUGGGUUGGUGUCUCAUGCAUGCUACCCACUUUUUAAGGACCAAAUCUUCAACAACAAUGGCUGUGACAUGGCCAGUAGAUCUGAUGGACGGGGUAAAAGGCAUGCCACAAAACCAUGUCCAAACAACACAGAGAAAUCUAAUCGAAUAUACCAGUGCUCUCCUCCAUAUAGAGUCUCUUCCAAUGAAACUGAAAUAAUGAAAGAAAUAAUGCAGAAUGGGCCAGUACAAGCCAUAAUGCAAGUGCAUGAGGAUUUCUUCCAUUACAAAUCAGGGAUAUAUAGACAUAUCAACAGAAUACAGGAUGAAGCAGAAAAAUACCGAAAUCUAUGCACACAUUCGGUCAAACUCACUGGAUGGGGGAUACUCCGAGGAGCACAAGGAAGAAAAGAAAAAUUUUGGAUUGCUGCCAAUUCCUGGGGAAAGUCAUGGGGAGAGAAUGGUUAUUUCAGGAUUCUUCGUGGUGUGAAUGAGUCUGACAUUGAAAAGUUGAUUAUCGCUGCUUGGGGCCAUUCAACGAGUUCAGAUGAACCAUAA